AUGGCAGAAGUUCAGGUGCCCCACAGUCACAUACCAUAUGGCAAAGAAGGUUCUGGCUUCUACAGUGACAACCAUAUAGCGUGCUUUAAUGUUGUAGAUGCAGCCACUCCUAUGGCCCUCAAUGCACUGGAAAAGGUUCCAGUGAAAAGUUUGAACGUUCCGUUUGUAAUUGCUGACUUCGGAACUGCAGACGGGGGGACAUCUAUGAUUCUUUUAAAAAAGAUGAUAGAACUUCUGCGUGUCAGACAUGGCAAAGACCUACCUGUGCAAGUGGUGUAUGAGGACCAGCCUGUCAAUGACUUCAAGUCACUGUUUUUUAGAGUACAAGGUUUGCUGAGUCAUGCCCCACCAUCCUACAUGCAGGAGUUUGACAAUGUGUAUGUGCUAGCCAGUGGUACCAGUUUCUACUCCCAGUGUUUGCCUCCUGGUAGCCUGCACUUUGGCAUGUCCUUCACUGCCAUGCAUUGGCUUUCCACAAGACCAUGUAGAAUCACGGGAGCAUUACACUUCACUGAGAUCACAGACUAUAAGGAGAAAGCUGUAUUCCAAGCCCAGGCAGCCAAAGACUGGGAGACCAUCCUUCUGGCAAGAGCUAAAGAGUUGCGAUCAGGUGGCAGAAUGGUGGUCAUAAACUUAGCCAUAGACAAAGAAGGACAGAGUGCAGGAACCACCAAAAAUAUCAAGGAGAGCGUGUUCCACAGCUUUACCAAGUACUGGAAGGAGAUGGCCACUGAGGGAGAGAUCACACAGGUAGGGGAACAUGACUUUAACAAGUACUGGAAACAGAUGGUCACUGAGGGAGAGAUCACACAGGUAGGGGAACAUGACUUUAACAAGUACUGGAAACAGAUUGUCACUGAGGGAGAGAUCACACAGGUAGGGGAACCUAACUUUAACAAGAACUGGAAACAGAUUGUCACUGAGGGAGAGAUCACACAGGAAGAAUUUGACAACACAAACUUCAACAUGUAUUACCGAACCGUGGAGGAAUGCAGUGCUCCAUUUUGUGACCCGAACUCUGCUGUGUCCAAAAGUGGGUUAAAGUUGCUGGCCAUUGAAACUAAAGUGGUGCGUUGUCCAUUUCACGAAAAAUGGAUCAAGAGUGGAAGGAAGGCCGAUCAAGAGGCAGCAGCUGACCACGCCAGGCGUUGUGUCCGAUCGCCACGCACCUGGAGCAACUCUACCUUCCUCUCGGGUCUGGAUAGCUCUCGCUCAGAGGAGGAAAAGGCUGCCAUUGUGGAUAAGUUCUUUUUGAAGUACGAGAAAGCAGUGGCAUCGGCCCCAGAGGAUCAUGGGGUGGAUUUUGUUCACGCUUAUAUGGAUAUAGAAAAAGUUUAA